AUGACUACUACAGUUCCAUUAAUAUAUUCCUUUCCUGGAUUUGAUGGUGUUGCUGAUGCAGUGGCUGAUCAUAUUAUAUCAGCUCAAAAUCAAACUUUAUAUAAUACCUUAGACCCCAAACAAAUUGCAUUAAUUAAAGAAGAACAAGCCAAAAGACCUGGUUUAUUAACUUCUUCAUCCACUGCCUCCAUUUCUCAUUCCACUAAUCAUUCAACCAGUCCUUCCACUUUGAAUUUAUCUUUAAGUACAACUCAAUUAACUAAUGGUAUAUCGAAUGGUAAUGGUAAAAAAGAUAAAAAACGAAAAUCAGCUGAUAUAAGAUUUAAAAUUGCUAUUUCAGGUGGGUCAUUAGUUAAGAUUUUAAACCAAGGUUUAUUAUCAUCAUCAUGUAAACAAAUUGAAGAUUUAAUUGAAUGGGAUAAAUGGGAUAUUUAUUUCGCUGAUGAAAGAUUAGUACCGUUCGAAUCAAAAGAUUCAAAUUAUGGUGAAGCCAAAAGACAAAUUUUUGAUUUAAUAAAAGGGGAUAAAAAACCAAGAAUCUUUCAUAUAGAUGAAGCCCUUAUAGAUGAUAGUCAAGAAUGUGCUGAUGAUUAUGAAAAAAUCUUGAUUAAUAAUUUCGCUAGAAAAGAUUCAGUUAAAUUACCAAUGUUUGAUCUUUUAUUAUUAGGUUGUGCACCAGAUGGUCAUAUUGCUUCAUUAUUUCCAAAUCAUGGUGAACAAUUACGAGAAAAAUUAGCUUGGUGUUUACCUGUUUCAAAAGCUCCAUCGGGUCCUGAAAAUAGAAUCACAUUAUCCAUCCCUGUCAUUUGUCAUGCUGCAAGAGUUACUUUCGUAGUGGAAGGAUUAACUAAAGCUCCUGUCAUGAGAAUUAUAAUGGAAAGACCUGAAAAGGGAUUACCUUCUUCCAUUGUUAAUGAGGGUGCAGCAGGUAAAGUCAGUUGGUUUGUGGAUGACGAUGCAUUAAAAGAUUGUUAUGAUAUUACCAAGAAGAAGUAUAAAUUUUUAUCCAUUGAAACUCCAAAUUCUACAUAA